AGCGCCUGCCCAGUUCUACUGCCUGGCCUCAGCAAGUCCCGAAACAGCGCGGAGGUUCCGCGUGUCGUUGCCCGUGGGAGGGGAGGGGUCUCCUGCCUGGUACGGCUCUUCUGAGGCGCCCCUCCUUUCGUUGCCCCUUUGGGCCAUGGGGAAAAUCGGGUUGCAGUUCAAAGCGACUUUGGAAAACAUUACAAAUCUCAGACCGGUGGGGGAGGAUUUUCGAUGGUAUCUGAAGCUUAAGUGUGGAAACUGUGGUGAGGUUUCAGAAAAAUGGCAAUAUCUACGAUUAAUGGACAGCCACCCUCUCAAAGGAGGCCGGGGAAGUGCCACAAUGGUGCAGAAAUGCAAGCUGUGCUACCGGGAAAACUCCAUAGAUAUCUUAACUCACACAAUUAAGCCUUAUAACGCCGAAGACAAUGAGACCUUUAAAACAAUAGUGGAAUUUGAGUGCCGUGGCCUUGAACCCGUGGACUUUCAACCACAGGCCGGGUUUGCUGCAAAUGGUGCAGAGUCUGGCACAUCUUUUGAUGACAUCAACUUACUGGAAAAGGACUGGAAUGACUAUGAUGAAAAACUAAAGGAAUCAGUUGGCAUCUAUGAAGUUACCCAUAGGUUUGUCAAAUGUUGAAACUCCUUUUUAUGGUAAAGAGUAAUUUUCCGUAAAGCGAGAUCAAUUGAAUUGUAUUCACAAAAGUCAAAAUAAAAUCCAUUCGCUUUGA